CCCUUUAAAUAUUAGUUCAUUCAACUUCUUCUAUCUUCCUAUAACACAAAAAAAAUAAUAUAAUGAAAUCCUUGAAGACCCUCUUUCUUGUGGCCUUGUUAAUGGCUUUGGCCAUUACUCAGCUUUCAGCAACAUCAUUGGAAACUGAAGAACCAAAGUCUCUCCGAGGAACAAGCCGGUUCCUUUCCAAGAAAAGGGUGGCGUUGACUUGUGACAAAAACCCCAAAAUUUGCCUUAUUAAGGGCAGCGCAGGCCCUAAUUGCUGCAGCAACAAAUGUGUCAACUUUUCCACAGACAGACUUAACUGUGGGAGGUGUGGAAAGAAAUGCAGCUUCGGAAAGAUAUGCUGCCAAGGCAAGUGCGUGAACCCUAAAACCAACGAGAAGCAUUGCGGGAAAUGUGGCAACAAGUGCAAUGCCAAAGGUUCUUGUGUUUUGGGGAUGUGCAGCUAUGCAUAGAAUUUGGAAACAUAAAAAAAAGAGCUGAAUUGUGAUCAAUAAAGCAGCUAUCAACAAAUUGAGGAGAGCUGCUAGUUAUAUUAUAAUUUAUUCUAUUAAUUGAUUACUUGAUUGGUAAGAAUAAUUAAUAACUUUGUAAUUGGUUGUUUAUAUCUUUUUGGUAUAGAAUUGGUUGUUUAUAUGAAAUAAAUAAGUAUACAUGUUCCUUA